AUGGCAACGGGUAACGCUCCGUCGCAUAAGCCUCGCCUUCCGUCUUUUGGAGACUUUCUCUCCGGUGCAUCUCACAGCAAUCUCGGGCCUUCACAGGCAUCUCAGCAUCAGCCGAGCAGAGACAGAGCCCCUCCGGCUAGCGCCACCGGACUCCAACACAUUGCUAACUUCAACACCUAUAACCCCAGCUCGGAGAGGAAUCCAGUGCAGACCCCUAGGCCUGGGUCCUAUCACCAGCCGCAUCAAGGAAACAGGCCCGAUGCAAACCACGUAUCAUAUUGGGGUUAUCCACAAUCUCCAGCGCACGACAGCCGCAUACCUUUCCCCUCAGGUGCUGGAUCACCGGGCCCCGCAAUCGACCACGGCUACCGCAGGAAGGUUUUGAGGGAGGAGGUCAUUCCUGGCAAGGGGCCGUGCUACAUCUACGAUGACGGCACGUUUUGUCAAAAGGUCAUCAACGGCGACUCGGUCAAUCCGAAAUGGGGCACCACCAAAGCGGGCAAGCCUCGAAAACGGCUGGGCCAGGCGUGCAAUUCCUGCAGAGAGAAGAAGAUAAAGUGCGACCCCAGCAUACCCAAGUGCGCACAGUGCCAGAAGUUUGGCCGCGAAUGCAUAUUUGAUCCGACGGCACGAACAUCCUCUUCGAGACAAGCCGGAACCGGUUCGAAUUCCUCGAGCUAUUCCCCUUCUCGUUCGUCGCCGGCGGACCUACAGCAAGACACGCAAUCGAUCCGGAGGGAAUCAAACGCAUCGACGGACUGGCCUGCUGGCCAGCACGAGCACGGUGGGCUGAAGAGUCUGCGCCGGUCCUCGAUGGCACUCGAGAGCCUCUUGUCCCCUGCCACUGAAGAAGACGGAGUGGCAGCUGACGACGAUGCAUCGGAGAUUCUGCGCCCGGCCAAACGGGCCCGCAUCUCGACCACGUCGCCUCAGUCCGGCCCCGAAUCCGAGGGCAUGAGCAUGGGGACGUUGAUGAGUACAAUCCUGUCACCGACCACCCCUUCGGGAUUCUCGAGCAUUACGGACCCUUCUGACAUCGACCGCGACCUGACCUUGUACUAUGUAGGUAAGUACUUUGCCCAUGUCGACAGUGCCACGUACGGCACGCUACCCUCGAGAGCGGUGACGCGCUGGAUCAAAGAGUGCCUUCGCAAGUCCGGUGCGGACCGGAUGCUGCUCUACGCCAUGAUGGCCAUGGGAUCUGUGUUUGCGCGGCGUUCCGAUUCCGAAUCCCAUCGUACCCUGUUUGCCGGGAUCGCCGAGGAAGCAUCCAGAAACUAUGCCGACGAGCUCACGCUGCAGCUGCUCCAGACACGGCUCAUCCUGGCGCUCUUGGCCUUUUCGCAGGGCCAAUACAACAAAGCGUGGGACCUGUGCGGGUCGGCGCUCCGGAUUGCCUUCGGCCUGAAAUACAACACGGAGGUCGGGGUGCGCGCCAUCAUGGAGACGGGCACGACCGACUUUGGACUCGACUACGACACGCUGGUGGAAUGCAGAAGACGCACAUUCUGGUCGGCGUACGUCAUGGAUUGCUUCAACGGCUGCUGCUCGGCCACGGUGGCGUCUCUGUUCCGCUCGCAAUGCCACAUACGGCUGCCGUGCGGACGUGCGGCGUACGAGAACGGGGUGAUCCAGUCGACGCCUUUUGAGCUCGGCAUGAACCUGUACGCCGGGGCGGGCGCCGCGUCUCGAGUCGGACUGCUGGGAUACCUGGUGGAGAUCGCCACCAUCUUCCGCGACGUGGUGGACAAGGCCAGCCGGCUCAGUCCCGCGGCGGCGACGGCCGAGAUAUACGCGGUGGAAAUCGAUCAGUUUUACAAGCGCACGCAGGCGCGGCUGACGGCGUGGGAACGGCAACUCGACACCGCAAUGUCCCAUGGCGGCGACGACGAGGAGCUUGACUCGGUCAGCGGCCUGCACAUCAUGUACCACUACACGGCCAUCACACUGCACCGGUACGUGUACCACGCUGCGCUCGACGGGCCGUCGAUUAGCGAGCGCAUCACGGCGUGCUACGAGCACGCGGAGCGCAUGCUGGGCACGGUGCAGCGGCUCAGCAACCACGAGGAGCGUCGCGAGCGCGACCCGGACCCGCUGUUGUUCCGUUUCGCCACGACGAGUCCGUUCAACGGCUUCGCCAUCACGGCGGCCCUGGACGUCAUCACCGCCGCUGGCACGCUGUCGGACCUGAUGGACUCGCAGAGCAGGACCAUGUCGCUGAUGUCGAGUGGCCUGGAGGCCCUCGAAGGGCUGGUCGGCUUCUGGCACAGCGCGCGCCGUCAGCGCGAGAUGAUCAAGAAACGCCUUGGCACCUUGAUGUCGGCGGCGACCAAGAUGGCUUCCGACACUUCGGGCGCGUAUUACUUUGGCGAGUCCAUGGAGAGCCCGUUCCGACCUGAACAGGACGUCAUGUACGGAGUGGGGCGUGAGCGGUAUUUCCAGGCCUGGGGGUGGUCCGGGAGGUUUAAUGAAGGUGAUUUUCAUCGGUUGGACCUGCCUCUGCAGUCUGGUGGGAGAAGCGUAAACAGUGCGCAAUGA